AUGAAGGCUUGGGUGGAUAAAGGCAUACCGCGAGGACCAAAUGGCCUUUGGGAUCAGAACAUCUGGCAAUUUGGCGAUUGGCUGGACCCUGCUGCACCGCCCUCUGAGCCAGGAUUGGGCCGUACUGAUAGUCUUUAUGUUGCUGAUGCUUACCUUGUUCGAGUACUGGGUAUAAUAUCCAAAGUUAGCUCUCUUCUUGGAGAGAUGGAAGACGCAUCCCGCUUUGCCAAAGACGCAUCGAGUGUGAGAAAGGCUUUUCAACACGAAUAUGUCACACCAUCAGGCCUUCUUGUUGGAGAUACUCAAACAGCCCACUCGCUUGCCCUAUCCUUUGGGUUGUUCGAUAAGCAUGAUCACGUCAUGAAGUCUGCGAGCCGUCUCAGCCACUUGGUCCACUUGGCCGGUUACCGAAUAGCGACUGGAUUUGCUGGAACUCCUUUGGUCGCGCACGCACUCUCAGACACAGGAAACUAUCAAUUGGCUUACCGUAUGCUUCUGGAGAAGGAAUGCCCUUCUUGGCUCUAUCCAAUUACAAUGGGCGCGACUACCAUUUGGGAGAGAUGGGAUAGCAUGCUCCCAAAUGGAUCUAUUAACCCAGGAGACAUGACGAGUUUCAACCACUAUGCCUUGGGCUCUGUAGCAAAUUGGUUGCACAAGAAUGUUGGUGGAAUUAGCCCUUUGGAGCCUGGAUGGCGCACAAUUCAGGUGAGGCCAGUUCCAGGCGGACCGGUUACGAACGCAAGUGUGGCAUAUGAAAGCCCAUAUGGGCGCAUCGAAUGCUCAUGGAAGAUCAAUGAUUCUGGCGACACAUUCGCCCUUACAGUCGUUAUUCCUCCCAACUCACAAGCCAGAGUCGUUUUACCCUCUUUUUGGAAAAAAGAGGACCAGGAAGGAGAGGAAAGAAGCAUCCUGAUCGGGUCUGGCAAAUAUGACUUUUCUUGCGCCUACAAGCCUGCUGAAUGGCCUCCAAAGGCAGAGUUUGCGCGUUCGACAUUCCGAUUGACAGUCUGA